AAUGACUGUUCAGUCAAGUUCAAGCAAGCAAAGCAACCUGACGGAAACGAUCGACUGAUCCAGAAUAAUUUUCGUUUCCCAUUAUUAAUAAUUAUAGAUUACGUUCUAACUAGUGAAACUAAAUUAUUAUAACGUGUAGUGCGUGUUAAAAGUUUUUGUGACAUUUACUUUAUUGAAUUCACAUUUAUAUAUUUUUUUAUUUGCAUUCGUGAGUUUACAGUGUCUGUUAAAUUGGGUGCAUCUAUUUUUUUGAUGUAAUUCAAUUGUUCCAUAUUAGAAGAAAACAUUACUUUUCAUUAUAAAAGAAUGAGAAUAGAUUGGGUAAAGAUGCCAGAAAACGAAGAAAUAUUAAUAGAUAAGACGAAUAUGGGACCUCCUUCAGCAAAGUUAUUUCUUUAUCUCAGUAUUGAGUUCCUAAUUGCAAUUGCAAUUUCAUGCUUCAUAAGUAUUCUAGGUUUAAUUAAGUCUUUAUUACCAAAGCCACCAAGAGAUCUCAAUGGAAAUGUCGUUCUGAUUGUUGGAGCAGCGUCAACAUUAGGUACUUCUUUAGUCGAUGAAUUUGCAAAGAGAGGAUGUUCAGUGGUCUGCGUUGACGAAGUUAAUGAUUCAGUACAACAAAUAGCAUCAGAUCUCCAAUCUCGUUAUACAGAUUUAAAAGAAGACAUUGAAACAAGCCAAGAAAAACAGGACGAAUUAAGGAAAAAUCCAAAGAUUACAGCUUAUCAAUGCAACUUGUUGAACCAUAAUGGUAUCCAUGAUAUAGCGAAGAAGGUUAAAAACGAGAUUGGUGGCAUCGAUAUUUUAGUAACAUGCGUUGGUGCAGCGGGUCAGGAUAUUUUUGACACUGCUAGUACAACCUUAAUGAGUCAUUAUUGGACUAUAUUAGCAUUUUUACCUUCAAUGUUGGAUCGAGAACGAGUUCAUAUAGUUGGAGUAACACCUGUCGUAUCGAACGAAGAUGCUUAUGUAGGUUCCAGAACUGCUAUAGCUAAUCUAAUGGAGUGUUUGGGUCGAGAAUUAAGUAAUUGCGUCAAUAAUUUCACAUUUCUUGCUAUUGCACCUACGACAGAAAGCAGGUCGAUAAGGCAGGGCGAGCAGCAAGUUGCAAAAGACAUUGUCGAAGCUGUCAGAAGAGAUCAAUCGAGUUUAAAUAUUGGUUGGUGUUCACCUUUAUUGUAUCAAAUAAGCUGCGUAAUUUACAAUGUUAUAACGACGAUUACACGAUGGUAUAGAACUUAAAGAGGUUAGAAUGUAACUACGUUAGUAAGAGUAAUUUUUAAAAUCAUAAAUGAAUAUUUGACAUAAAUGUAUGAGGACUAGAAGGAAGUAUAACGAUGUGAAUGCAUUUUUAAAUUUAUUUCGUAUUAAUUUAUGUAAAGUAGUUUAAUCGACAAUUACCGUUCGUCGAUAAUGAAACUUUUUAUGUUUACAUAAUUUUCCUUUUUUUAAUAUUUAUAAUAAAUUUUCGAUUAAUUGUUAAACGUUGAACAAAUGAUUAUUGGACUUUAAAAUAUUUCAAUUUACAAAGUAUUUUAUUUAUAAGUUAUUUAUGGAUAAUGACUGUUAAUGUACAAUAACGAUUUUCGUUAUCAAUUAAUGUAAUUUAUAUUUUAUAACUUAAAUAUAGAA